CCCACGGAGCCAAAUUGAUCACGAAAAACCCUACCAGCCUCCUCGGCGCUAAUUGCUGCAUGUGCAGUGUCGCAAACAUAUCAACGUCAAUUAACAAACUAGAAACAGUCGUCCAGAGCCACCUGCUCUUUUCCACUUUUCAACAUCCUACGCCCUUAAAUAGCUCCCCCUCCUCGCACAUCACGGUGACCAAGCCCCCUGAUGGACAUCAACAAAAAUGCAUUGGGAGAUGAAUCCUUCAAGAGGCCAGGAUCCGUUCCAUUCAAAUGGGAAAUUGAGCCAGGCAUCCCAAAGCUUUUUUAUAAUGCUGCUCAGCAAAAGACCUUGCCACAACUCAGCCCUCCUCCUUGCGUGAGAAAACAGAGCCCGCUGGCUCUUCCACGCCAAGCUCCUCCAGUGUCUCAGGGUUGUUUCCCGAAACAGUCUCUCAAGCGAAGGGAAGUGAAGGAAGUGAGCUCAUCGUCACCACAUCGAAGAGUUAUGAUGCAGUCUUCCAAGAGCAAGGAAGUCAAGGAAGUGAGCUCAAUGUCACCACGCAAGACUACAUCCGCUCGUUACUCAUCACCCUUUUCUUUAUCCUUCAGAAAGUCGCAGGCGAAGGAGGUGGAGGUGAUAGCUCAAUGUCUCUUCUAGAGCUUUGUGCUUCAACAACAUCCCCACCCCACCAAAAAAAAAAGGCCGCUUGGCUCUCUCUCUCUCAUCUCUCAUCUCUCUCUCUCUCUCUCUCUGAAUAAUCCAAAGAUUGGUAUAUAUCCCUAAAUAAUUUGAGUUGCACUCGAGGAUUUAAGUGUAGUUGAUCCUUCGGUAUGAGGAAUAAUCAACAAAACACAAAUAGAUGGGCUUGUAAUGGACCCAACCUGUGUAAUUGGUUCUUAGCUAUGAGGUAUAAGCAGUAAAGCACAAAUACUGCUCAUCAAUCAUCACAGCCUUCAAAAAGGUCAGCUUUCAAGGAAACGAUAUCAUGAUGACGACAGCCUUUAAAGAGGGUUUACAAUAUGAGAACCGGAUUCCUAGUAUACACUUCAUUAUUGUAGUCAUACAAGUGCAAGCAAGAAUAAAAUAUCAUUAAUUAUUAAA